CUUCCUCUCUUCCUUGAAAUUUCCUUUGAUGUGAACGACGAUCCCUUGCCCAACGCACAAGUUUCAUCGCCUUCCCACAUAAACCCAAAUCCCAAAUUCUCUUCCUUUUUCCUUUUCCUUGCGACAAAUCGAUUCAAUCCCAGAUUUCAAAAUUCAAAAUUUCAUCAAAAGAUUGGAGAUUUCUCUGAGAUUAUGGUGAAAUCGACGGACGGUGGUGGUGGGUCUUCUUCUUCUUCAGUGGCACCGUUCUUGAGAAAAUGUUACGAGAUGGUUGAUGAUUCUUCAACUGAUUCUAUAAUCUCAUGGAGUACAAGUGCAGAUAACAGCUUUGUUAUCUUGGACACGAACGUCUUCUCUGUUCAACUUUUGCCUAAAUACUUUAAACACAGCAAUUUCUCUAGCUUUAUUCGUCAGCUCAAUAUCUACGGGUUUAGAAAAGUUGAUGCAGAUCGUUGGGAGUUUGCGAAUGACGGGUUUGUUAAAGGUCAAAAGGAUUUAUUAAAGAAUGUUAUCCGGAGGAAGAAUGUUCAAAGUAGUGAGCAGAGCAAACAGGAGAAUAGAAGUACAAGUACAUGUGCUCAGGAAAAGACUGAGAAGAGUGGAUUGUGGAAAGAAGUUGAUAUUUUGAAAGGCGAUAAGCAGGUAUUGGCGCAAGAGUUGAUCAAAGUUAGGCAGUAUCAGGAGACGACGGAUACUAAGAUGUUACACUUAGAAGAUAGAGUUCAAGGAAUGGAAGAGAGUCAGCAGGAGAUGCUUUCGUUUUUGGUAAUGGUUAUGAAGAAUCCAAGUCUUUUAGUUCAGUUACUUCAGCCAAAGGAGAAAAACAGUUGGCGAAAGGCGGAAGGAGCAACGAUUGUGGAAGAAGUGACUGAUGAAGGAGAAUCAAACUCAUAUGGUCUUCCUUUAGUAAAAUACCAGCCACCAUCGGACAACGGAACAGCAAAGUCAAACACGAACGACGUAAAUGAUUUCUUGAGAAACGCCGAUAUGUUGAAGUUCUGCCUAGAUGAAAAUCAUGUACCAUUAAUCAUACCUGAUCUAUACGACGAUGGAGCAUGGGAAAAGCUUUUGUUGUUGAGCCCUUCAAGGAAGAAGACGAAGAAGCAAGAGAACAUUGUGAAGAAAGGAAAGGAUGAUUCGACAUUGGAGGAGGAGGAGGAUGGAACUAUGGAAUUAGACAAGAGCCAUAUGCUCAAGCUGAUAUCAGAAGAGAUGGAGAAACCAGAUGACUUUGAAUUUGGACAGCUUACUCCAGAGAGGUCUAGGAAUCUUGAGAUUCUGACUGAGCAGAUGGAAUUACUGGCUUCAAAUGAUUAAGCAGCAGUAACCGAAACACCGGAUUGAUUUUUUGAACAUAUCAGUCUCAAACUUUUGUUAUGUAAACUCUAUAUAAUGAACGACGAAGUAGGCACCGGAAUAUUAUUUUCACCGGUGCAAUUCUCAAAGAUGUUAUAGCGUCUUACUACAAAAACAUGGUUGGAACUUUUUGACAA